AUGAAGAACAUAACAGAAGUGAAUAAAACAUUGAAAGAUCUCAUAAAAAAUUAUAAAUAUCUGGAGAAUAUAUACAAAGCUGAUGAAAAAGUGCAAACUGAUACUAGUGGAUCAGAAAUAGAUGAGAAAUUUAAACAAAUGAAAAGAAAAAGGAAAGAAAAGAAAAAAUCACACAAGAAUACUUUAAGCCCAGUCAGUCUUAGCACCUUGUAUCAAGGAACUGCAUAUAUAUUCGAUUCUAGAACUAGCGAUGAAUUGCAAAGUAAGGACAUAAAAGAAGAAAAAGAAGAUUUAGAAACUGACCAAAAUAAAGACAGCAAAAUAGAAGAAAUUUCAUUAGAGGAUAAAAAAACAAUUUCUGAAAGCUCAAAGGAAGAGGAAGAAAUCUCUGAAGACGGAGAAGAAAUCCAAAUAGACAUUCCAAAAGUAAAACCAAAAAGGACAGCAAGCAAAACCAAGCCGCAAAGGGUCAAUAAUGUUUUUGGUAAGAAAACCAGGUUUGAUGUGUUACAUGGUGAAAUGGCUAAAAAUAGAAAUAAAUCCAAGACACGUUUAAGAGUUGGAAAUCAAAGAAUAGUUUAUACAGAACAAUUUUCCCCACAAACAUUUUGGAAGGAUAUUGUAAAUAAACCUAUAAAACUAAAUAGAGUGAUGUCGUCGGAAUUAGCAAGUUUAAAAGACGAAGAUAAAGUCAACAUUGUAACUUUGACGGGCAAUAUGAAGAAAGAAGAUCAACAGAAGUUAAACAAUCAACUUUCAAAUAAUGCUACUAAAAAUGGUUCGAUUUUAAGGAACUACGGUGAUGCGUGUCUUGUAAUGCCUAUCAAGAAAUGUGAAAAGGCCUUGAAAACCGUUAACAAAAAUGUUUGCAAAAUGAGAUUUAAAUGCAAGUCUGAAUUUAAGUCAGACUUUAUCGAGAAUUCCAAAAAAGGAUGUCAAAAACAAUAUAUGUAUAAAGUGGACGAAAAUUCUGAAGAAGAGGAAACGACAACAAUCACAUCUACGACCGGUAAUAACGAGGAGGAGGACAUAAAUGAAGAAGAUACCUUCAGGAGACGAAAUGGAGGCAAGAAAUUGAAUGACGGUGGAAAAUACAAACAUUUGAAUUCUCCCAAUAAAAAGCAACCCAUAACUAAUCUUAACGAAAAUACGAAUUCUUCCGUACAUCAUUCUAGCCUUCGUGAUAAGUAUGAAAAGCAAUGUCAAAAAGAAUUGAGAGCUAAAUGCAUUGGGGCUGGGGAAUAUGCUAUUAAAAAAACUUGCUCAAAACACGAAUGUGACAAAAAGAAGGAGAAAGCAUUAAAAAAGGCUUGUAAGGAGGAAUGUAAAAAUUCCUUUGUCAUAGACAAAAAAAAGAGCGAUUCGAGUGACGAUGGUAGCGACAAUGACACUGACAGUGACAGUGACAGUGACAGUGAUUAA